GCUUAUAGAAUAAACGUCAUAAUUGCUGCCGAGACUUGUGUAAAGGCGGGAAAGGUGCGUGGCUAGGGACAGACUGGCAGGGUGUGUGGGGCUCGGGCAUGUAAACAAAGGUGGAAAUAGAGCAGGAAAACAAUUCAGCAAGCCUCUUAUAACUACUUCACUAUCAGGAUAUGGACUGCCAACACUAGGGAAAGUUUCUAGACAGGUAGGAGUGGAAAUAGGUACGGGAUAAUGGCAUUUUUUGAAGUGAGGUGCAGGCUGGGCCAAACAGGGUCAGCGGGGAGACAGCGGACAGGUCACGGUGAGAUAGUAUGGAACACGCAGCAUUAGUUGUGACCUGUUGUGUGCACCUGAGGCCAUCACCACACCUGUACCUGUAUAGCAGCAAGCAUACCCAGUGUUGGUCUCUAGCAAACAGACAGGCGCGCUCUUCUAUUAAGGACAUGAAUAUUUGACCACUAAUGACGUGUUCACUUCCUGCCACUUGUCCGACCCUUCCUGUCUAGAUAUGCCAAGUUGGUAUCGUCAAGUGUGCGUGGUUGUGCAUGGGAUCAUGUGUACAGAGGCGCUUUGGCACUCAUUGGCACUGGCACCACUCAUCUGAUAAGUAGAUAGAUUAACCUUUUUUUUAUUUCCUUUUUUUUAUAGGUAUGCAGGUAAGUUAAUAACAUCUAAUGUUGUUCACUUAAAAUAGUCCAAAUUUUAGAAAACUGGAAACGCAAAAUGUAGUAGUUUAAAGCUAAUGAGCGAACGGCAUGAAAGAGUAGAGGUAGAGGUAGUGGUUAACUUUAUCAUUGGUAGUGAUGACACAUAAAAGGGGUGGCAGUAAAUAAGGAUGCUGGGGAUGGAAUAUAUCUGCAAUUAGCACAGUUUUUUUUAGCACUGUAACAAUAAACUAAUUAAAAGGAUAAGUGAUAUGACAUUAUUACAGUGUAAGAGAUUGAUGAAAUUAGAUAACAGAAAAUUUCCUCAUAUCAUUCAUCUCCACAUCCAGAUGGAGCAGGCUUUUGUGUUUUUCCAAGGUGCAGUGUUGAUUUGUAUGCUGCCAUGUUUCAGUUAAUAUGUGGUAACUGACUCUAGCUAUAUGGAGUAUACAGAGCUGCCUGGCAUGUUUGGGUAACUACUGAAGUCUUGGCUGGGUCUCUUAAGAUGAUGCUAAACCCCAGACCGUACUGAUGGUGGCCCUGAUGGUGAAAAGAUGAAGUGUAAAGUGAGUGACUCUCCAAGUGGGGUUGGAAGGGCCCGCCCUGGCCUUGUGAGCAGUGCCAGCCCAGUGCCUCGCCUGCACAAGGAGGAUGUGGCCUCAAACACACACACCAGCAAAGAUGACAAGGGUGAAGGGAACAUUCUCCGGAGGUCCUCACGAAGAGCCACCAUUGAACGGAGAGUGUGGGCUGUACCAAAAAAAGUGGCCAAGGUUCCUGUACCUAGCAUCAAAGAGAAAACCAUGCAGCCUAAGUCAUCCCGGAAGGACAGGGAAAAGAAGGUACAAAGCACAGUGCAAAGCAAAUCCCCUAGCAAGAGCAAGGCCUCACCAGAUGCCAAAAGAGGCCUUGUCAUGACAGAAGAAACAGGGAAUGCUAGAAGAAAAAUAAAAAAGAAAGAGGGGAUGCAGGAUGUGAGUGAUGAAGUGGAGGAUGUUAGUGAGAGUGGUAGUGAAGUCGUGGAAAUGGCAGAAACUAUGAGUGUCAGUGACGUGGAGGAUGACGCAGGAGUGGAUGGUGGCAUCAGCAUGCCAGAAAGAACACUAAACUCUAAGAAGGAAUGCAGUGAAAACAGCACCAAUGAUGGGAGUAGUGACAGUGGUACCAGUGAUCAUGUGGACAGCUCUGAAAACAUCAUUCGGACAGGGCUUCCCCUACUGGCAGAGGCUGUGGUCAGUUUGAAAGAUACUUCCUCGAGAACUUUAAGCAGUAAUCCUUCUAGAAGCGACAGAGGGCAAGAAGAAACACUAGACACUGGUGAAAUAUGCCUAACUAAAGCAGUCAUAGAGGAGGUCAUUCCAGACUUUGGGAAUGAGGGCUCCUUUGUUUCGAGUAGUGUUGGUGGUGAGUGUGAAGUGAAUAAAAGAAACACACAAAGUACAGGUCAGGUGUUCAGGAACCUUGAAGAUGUUCUGGGUCACUCCUACAGCAAACUAGAGCGGGAUUGUGAGGUGCUGGAUGAAGCUGUAACUGAACAGAGUCCCUCACAGAUUAUUUGUGCUAGUGAAGAGACCAGGGCAGAUAGUGAGACCACGGAGAUUGAGGCAGAAGAUGGGAUUUGUGAUGGGGUAGGGGAUGUAAUCGCUCAUUCAGAACAGGAGGAGGAGGUGGAGGAGGGAAGUAAAGAAGGGGACCAACAAACUACAGACUUAUGUGAGACUCAGCUUGAUAUCAGACUAGAAAGUGAGAACAAGGAUAUGGAGGAGGUGAGCAAAGAUGAGAGUCAGGUGGAGAGUGAGAAGAGUGAUGAGGAACCUACUGAAAACCCAGGAAUAAAUGACAAAACAGUAGACCUUAAAACUACUGACCAGGCAGAGAGUGUAAGGAGCAUGACUCAAGACUGCUUGACCAUGAAGUCUGACAGCUUGCCUACUGAAAGCACAGACAGUGAGAGUAGCAAGGCAAGUGUGAUGGAGGUGGUGGAGGAGGUACAGGAGGAGGAAGAGCAUGUCUCACUAAGUGUUGCCCUGGCUCAGCUGCUAGACUCCGGCUGUGGUGAGACGGAGGGCACAGAGACCCUCACCAUUCAUUCAGUAUCUCCCAGCGUGCAAGCAGAGCAGGAGGAACGGCAAGAAGUGGUGGCACUGGAACUGAACUCAAGAGGUAUGGUUGCUGAGAAGACCCAAGAGGAGAUGGAUGAUGAUGAGGAUGAAGAGGGAGAGCUGGUCAUUAAGGAGGAAGAUGAUGAGGGUGGAGAUGAGGAAAGCAAUGUGGAGUCAGAGGAAGAUGAUGAACUCAGGAAACAAGUUGAAAAUGACAGGAAGGAGGACAACCUCCAGGACUGUCUAUCUGUGAUGAACUCCACCAGAUUUCCUGAGCUGUGCAAAGAUGUAAGAUGUGACAGCGAUGCAGACCAACGCACACCCUGCCCUUCACCCACUCCCACCAAGCUGAAGAAGCAAAUUCCUGCCCUCAUCAAAAUCAACUCUCGGCCUCCUGCCAUCAAAACUCCACUGAAGUGCCCAGAAUGCCCCAUGCAAUUCUGCACUGUGCGUUCCCUCCUGUGGCAUUUUGCAUAUCAUGGGGCAAGAUCUCGGGAGAAUUGUUUGCCUCCAAUCUUGUUGCAAGACCUUAUUGUUCCGUGGGACAAACCGACUGUCUCACUUUUUAUAUCUCAAGCUGCUGAAGGUGAGAAGAGCACAGAAAAAAUCAUUGCCUCCACAGAGAUGUCACUAGCAAUGUCACCUUCCCCUGAUGCUGCAAUGAAGGUAGACACAGCCAGCAAACAAGAUCUGAUAAUGGCAACCCAGAUUCUCAAAGCAGACGAUGGCAUGGGGACCAAUGGGGAUGUCAUCCUCAAGGUUCCUAUCCCAAGGCUGAAACCCAAGUCCCAGGGUCCUUCUACAUUUAAGAAAGACAAGUUUAUCAACAUUCUGCCCAAGAUAACAAGUAGUGACAGUCAGGGCUCCAUCACACCUGCUGCUUCCCACCUGGCCAAGAUAGGGGCAUCCAGCUCCCCCACACCACAGAUAACAAUUCAUGCACAGAACAACAAGCCUACAGAUGUUGUGACUGUCAAACCUCAAUCAUCUGUCCCAAAGAUCACCAUAAGGGCUGACAGCUCAUCUCAGCAGGUCCAUGUCAAGCCUAUAGCACCAGCAUCAGCACACUCAGCAGUACAAAUCAAACCUCUCAUAACAUCCUCACAGUCUGCAGUCCAAAUUCAGCCCCUCCUUUCAUCAUCCCAGCCAGCAAUUCAGAUCCAGCCUCUGGUGUCAACAUCACAAUCAGCUCUUCAAAUCCAGCCUCUUGUAUCAUCAUCCCAAUCAUCGCUGCAGAUCCAGCCCCUUGUGUCCACGUCUCAGUCAGCACUACAGAUUCAACCUUUGGUGAGCUCCUCGCAGUCAGCACUCCAAAUACAACCUCUCGUCUCUUCCUCACAGUCAGGGCUUCAGAUACAACCUCUGGUUUCUGGCACCCAUGCUGCUGUUCAGCCCAUUGCAUCCACCACAACUAAGUCUUCGUCAGGCACCAGUCAUAUUGCCUUAAUUCCAGUUGAUAACCUCAGUGCAGUGGGACAGAACUUCCCCUCAAAAUCCAAGACUGUUCCUCCUCCGAUUAGAAUGAUGGCACCCUCUCCACUGCCAGUGAAAACAUCCCCAAGCUCAAUGGAUGGCAUCCUGGAGAAAGAUGGGUUGGUUAUGAUCAAUUCAAACCUUGCUCUGCGUAUUGUCUCCUCACUACCCAGUACCCUUGAAAGUGGCACCAGCACUACCACUUCCACCACCACCAUCCGACCUAUUGCCACUCAUCUCACCACAAAUAACAACCUUACCAUCCUGCCACAAGUUGAAGGGAGCAAGCUUAGUAAUUCUAAGAAGGAGAGCAUGAAAAAUCCAGACAUCCUUACCAUUGUACCACAAAUUGAUGUCAACAAGAAGGUCUCUCUUUUAAAGAAUGCACCAUCUACCCCUAACACCCAAGCAUCUAUUCCUAAAAGUUCUCCUGCAUCUCAGGUUGUAAAACUGUAUCUUCUGCAGCCGAAAGAUACCAAAGGCAAGAAUGGAGGAGAUAGUACAACUAAGCUGGGCAUUCCCACUGAGCCAUCCAUUGGGAUGAAUGGCCUGGAGGUGCCACUACCUCUCUCUAAUGGCAAUGAGAGCACAGCCACUAGUGAGAAUGGUAAUUCAAGAGAGCAAGGAAUGAAUGAAGAGGAGGAAAUUGAGGACUUAGAUGAAGAGGAAGAGGAAGGAAUGGUGAUUGAUGACGAGAGAGAUGGGGACGAGGAUGUCAUGGAUCCCCUUAGCCUGUGCGCCGUCACCAUGGAGGAUGAGAACCUUGAUGCUUCUAACAGCUCCAGCCAGGCAGAUCAGUUUAGUGCUGACUCAGCUACCUCUUCUGAGGAUAAGGUCACUAUUAGAAAAAUAGUGGGGAAACCAAAAGGAAAGACUAACCAGGGUGUGGACAUAGUGAAGUAUGAGGCAAGGAAGUAUGUCUGUUGUUACUGUAAUAGAAGGUUUGGCUGGUCGACAGACCUAAAGCGACAUGUCAUUCUCCACACAGGAGAAAAGCCCUUCCAGUGCAAGGUUUGUCCUACUGCAUUUACUCGAAAAUUCCUUCUCCAGAACCACAUGAAAAGAAUGCACCCAGACAAGUGCAAAAUGUCAGACUUGUGGCCUUAGGAGUUUUCUUGGCACUGAUGGUCUUUCUCAGUGAUAAUUUGUUACUGUCAGUGUGCCGAAGUUUUUGGGGUGACUAAGUUGUGGUGUGGAAGUGGUCCAGUCAAGUGUAAUGGUUUCAUUGAAGGGCAUUAUGGCUUACUUCAAAUAUUCAGAAACUAAUGAUUAUCUCGAUAAGUGUUACCUGGAUACUAGUCACGGAAAAUUCUUUCAUGAUUGCUGUACCUUAUUUUGAACACUUCUUGUGCUGUAAGGUUAGAGCAGUCACUUAAAAUUAUAAGCUUUAUAUUGUUCCUUCUCUGGCUAUAAGGCAACAUUGCGAAUGAAAAAUUAAGUAAUUUAUUCUAGUCGCAAAUCUGAACACAAGCCUGAAUACACACAUACAUAUAUAGUGAAUACAUAUAUACACUGAAUAUUCUGCACCUACAAUAUAUUUAUAGAAAGUUAUUCAGAUUCAGUAGCAUUUUUCAUUAACAUCUACUUUUGAUGAAUGUGAUGUGUGACAUUGAAGUUUUUGUUUGAUGCUAAUGAAAUAUAUUUUUUCACUUGCAUGUUUUGAAGUAAACUACUGUGGAGAUUUUACUGUAUGAGUGGUCAUAAUAUUAAGGGUGACUUAAUUGUAAGAUAAACAAGCAGAAGCAAACUAAUUGGCUUCAACUCUGGUGCUCUUCCUUGGAUAACCAUCUGCAUUUUACCAAAGACUCACUCCAAAAGUUUUCCCUUCUUUGUUCUUUGUAGAUGUAAACAUUUAUUGCAAGAUACAUUUAUCAGCCAAAUUAUUUAGGAAGAAACAAAAUGGAUUCAGUUAUGCAUGUAUAUACAUAAAUCAUUCUCUGGUGAUGGAUAUGGGUGAUCUGCAGACUCUUGUGAUUGUGUGCAAUGGAUUUUAAUGAGUGUAACAUUUUGGAAGUGAAAUUAUGAUUUACAUAAUAGACUUCAAGAAAACUUCUCAUCAUAAAUAGAGCUAUUUAAAGUAGAACAUCUAAGCUGCAUUGUCUCUUUUUUAAUAGGCACAGAUUUGGAAAAGGUAUCAAAAAAAGGAAUAUGAGAGAUUUGUAACAUUAUUGUGUAGGAUCUUUUGAUUUAUAUGAAACCUUAGACACAACAAUCUGAGAGAGACCCUGGUCUAAAUAUUACUUAUAUCAAGAAAUCUAGAAAUAUCAUAACAUAAACAUAUAGAUGUGGAGGUGAUGAUUAAGUGCUAAUGAAAAUACUUUACCUAUUAAACUUUGGUAUAUGAACAGAGAUAUUUAGAUAAAUGGAUAGAGACAAGAAGCAAAAUGCUAAAGCAUAUCUAAUGGGCACAAACUUCAGUACUCACCAAAUCAAGAUAAUUGGUGACCAGAUGUAUAUUUGAUUUAAUUUAAGCCUUGCUUUCCAACUCAUUAAGAUAGUUUGCUUUAGUCUCAGUUAUUUGUGAGUCCAGAAACUUAAUUGAAGAGGUGGCAAGUAAUAAGCUAAUAAAUUAGUGAUGCCUGGAUAGGGUGAGGUAACGAAGCAAGAAAUCAAAAAUUCCAAAAUAAACAGAGGAUAGCUUUUGUUUUAGGUUACUUUACUAAUUUUGGGAUGGAUGCAAGUGUAACUUAGAAUGUACAAUGAAUCAUGAAAGUGGUAGUUCAAGUGAAGCAAGCAACACCAACAGAAUAUUAUUAAUGACAUUAUUAACAGCAUUAUAAUUGGUUGGAGGACAGGACAGAUUUUGAAGAAGGAAAUAAAAAUUCCCAACUAAAAGUAACUAGAUCCAUUUAGGUUUUUCUAACCAAUAGCCAAAAAUUUUAAGGAUGGAAUAUUGAUUCUUAUCAAAUUAACAUUUUUGAUAAAGUAAUGAAAAUAAUAAAGUGAUGGUCAAGAGAAAGAAGCCAUAGUGAGGAAAGCAUUCUUUUUGGGUGUUAGAAUGGGGAUGAAAAUCCCAUCCACACUGUAUUUAUUAUUUUCUUGGUAUAAUGACAUUUAUGCAGGAGUUGACUUGCAUAAAAAUGAUGAUUCAUGGCAAUGAUUCUCUAAUCAAAAAAUGUGCAAUGGACUGCACAUCUUUAAACACAAGUAUCACAAAAUUGCAAGCUUAAGUGCACAUGUAUAUGUAUGUCAUUCACUCAUUAUAAGUCGUGCCUAAAGUUAUGGGUUUUCGUGUGGCAAAUUUGUCAUUUAAAAUCAAAGGAGUCAAAAAACUGUAAUGUCUUUGUAUCAUUCAUUGCAAUGAUACAAACCAUAGUUUUUGCUUUAUUUUCACAUAACUUUAGUGUUUGAAAAUAGUGGAUUCCUUACUGAGGAAGUAUUUCUACAUUUGCUGGAAAACUGCAUCCAGUUACACCAAAAAUAUUUUUUUCAAGGUUUACUGAAGACAAUCCUCUUUUUAUGAAAAAAAUGCAUGAUAAUUGAAAUCCAGAACUGUACAUUUUCUUGUAAGAAUUAGUCACAUGAUUAUGAAGUUGAUAUAUUAUUUUAAGAAUAAGUUAUUAAGAACAUUUAUUUAUUGAUAUCCUGUGCCAAAGUUUUUGUUAGCUACUUUUACAUAAUAAUAUCUAGAAAGAAGUCUUCAGCCAGAAUCUCAACACAUUUUUUGUUUAAAACGUCAUAGUUGCUGUGGAAAAUGGAUAGAUAAUGACUGUAGUGGUGAUGGUUGUGUUAGACACUACACAGAACUGAUGGGAACAUCACAUCUGAAAGGUCACCACUCAGCUGCUCCGUUCCAUAAUGCUUAACACAAACAACUUUACUGCGUUAUUUUAAAUCUAUAUAGUACUGAAGUUAGGAAAUGAAACUAUAGAGUUGUAAGGUGGCACUGUAAGUAAUUUUUCAAUAUUCCCUUUCUUAAAAUGAAAACUAAUAAUGGACGUAUCACAAAGAUUUAGUUGUAAUAAUGAGGCACGAUUCUGAAGAUUGAAGAACAAGCCCUCUUUGAGAGAAGUAAAGGACAUGGAGAUACAGGCACUAAGUUCAGAUGUGUGUGCCAAAUGUUGGGUGGUCUUAUUAGAAACCUGUAUGCCAUUAGUCAGCACAAUUAACAAGGAUAUUCUGAUAUUGUGUGAAAAUGUAAUGUUCUGUUUACAAGUUAUUUAAAACAAGUUAUUUAAUACAUGCUGUAGGUUUUUAUUUAUUUUUUUUUAUUUAUUUUCCCUUGUAUAGUUUGUGCAUUGUAAAAAUAAAUUGCUUUGUAGAUAAUGUACAAUAUAAUUUUUUAUAUAAACACGGAUAUGUAAAGUUUGCUGUGCCAAAGUUUAUGUAGAAGUAUAUUAGAUUUUUUUUAAGAAAUACAAAUAAAUAUCUACUGCUAA